UCCCACCGACCGGCGCACGCGCCGCGCGCCGCGCGCUGUUGUUACUGCUUCAUACCAAUAUUUACUGCCAACUCGAUUAAAUAACCCAAAUAUUUGAGUGGUUACCAUAAUGUUCGGGAUUAAACGAUAGCGAAAAAAAAGUGAUAGGUGCAUUUUGUGUGAUGUGUUCAAAAGUAAAUAAAAGAUGAAGAUAAAGAAAACAGGAUUAAUGCCAAUCCAAGCAGAAUUAUUGAUCAAUUCAGAGGCAGUGAUAUCUAGUGGAGACGUAUAGUGAAGUAUUAGCCGAGCGCGGUUGGAGAAGGAAUAAUUUAUGUUUGUAAAAUGUUUUCAGUUUUAGUGGUUGUAGAAUACAGUGUGAUUAUGAGUACAUGACGUAGGUGUAUUGUCUUGAAGAAGUUAGAGAAGAGAAGCAGAGAAGAAUAGUUUUAGAGAAGAAGAUUCAGGAUGUCUCGACGCGAGACGCGUAUCGAGCGCGUCGACUACCCUCCCCCGCCGCCCAGCAAGUGCGCUAAGGUGCUAUACUACACGUGGAAGCUGUGCUCGGUGGUGUUCUCGCACUUCGUGAUGAUCAGCCUCGUGGUGGCCUACUGCAUCCUGGGCGCCGUCACCUUCGAGAAGCUGGAGGCGCAGCAUGAGAGAGAGGUGAAGAUGAACAUAUCUCAGAUCCGCGGCAACACCACACACAGCAUCUGGACCAUGACGAAUAAGGUGCCUUAUCUCAAUCAGACCAACUGGACUGCUGAAGUCGUCGAUAUGCUGAAGGAUUUUGAGAAUGCGAUCCUGCUGGAGAUGAAGGUCAGGGGCUGGGACGGAAACGAGAGCACCGAGCACAUCCAGUGGACCUUCUUCGGCGCUCUGUUCUACUCCAUCAUCGUCAUCACCACGAUCGGUUAUGGGCACAUCGCGCCAAAGACGCAGACGGGCAAGGUGGUGACCAUCUUCUACGCCAUCCUGGGCAUCCCGCUCAUGCUGCUCUGCCUGUCCAACAUCGGUGACGUCAUGGCGUCGUCUUUUAGGUUUCUGUAUUGGCGCGUCUGUUGCUACGUGUGCACGAGACCUCCGAAACAAAGACAUCGACAUAUGAGGAGAUCGAAUCGAGGGGGAAGCGCGAUGGGUUCGACGCGUAGAAGACGACCACUCGAGCGGUCCUACUCCGACAAUGACUUUAGGUAUCGCGACAGUGGGUACAACAGCACAAGACCGCGGCGCGGUCGAGCUGCGGCUUCCCUGGUGUCAGCUGGUCCCUCGCGCACGAGGUCCCAGCCCCCUGCGCAGGCCAGACCCUAUGGCAAUGCUGGUCCGAGGGAUUAUGAAGAAGACCAUUCUCCUGAGAGAAGAAAUGAAAAGUACGAGAGUGAUCAUUAUGAAGAUGAAGAAGAGGAAUUUCCCAAAAUAUCUUUACCUCUACAAGAUUUACAAGCGGCACUCAAAGAUUUAGAAGACUAUCAAACGAAGACUCCUAAACCUGAGACACGGAGUAAAUCUCUACCUCGACCUUCAAGACCUAAACCAGAAUAUGGUCCAAAAAGAGAUUUUGAUGAUUCUAGACAUUUAGAUGUAGAUGAUAAAGAAAUGUACGAAAUGCAUGAUCUCUUUGAUGUAGACUACGCGAAUUAUAGAGAGAGAAAAGCUUUAGAAGAGAGAAGAAAAAAGGAAAGAGAUGAUUAUCGAUUCAGAGAUCGUGGAUACGAUCCCGAAGAUGAAGAUUUUGAGUUUGAUAUUCCAAGAACUAGAAGAUCUGGGAAUGAUAGAAGACUCGAUCGUGGUAGAUCAGAGUAUUACGAGAAGGAUCCAGAAGAGUACCCAACAGACAGGCGGAGAGGGCGGCGCGCGAAAAGUGCCAUCUACGAGAACGAGCGGUGCUGGGACGAGUGCGACGAGGAGCGCCACGUAGAGCGAGGGCGGCGCCGGCUGCGCAGGCUGCACACGGUGGACGACACUCCUCAUGUGCGACCAGCUCAUCGAUAUACUCCAUCUCCAGAAAGGGGCGACUGGAGCGACGAGCCUCCGCCCAUUCGACGUGGUCGUUCUGCAGCGUGGGGUUCCCGCCACUCCGAUAUGUAUGCAAUACAAGGCUCUAUGAAAGAAGAAAUAAAACCAGUCCCGAUAUGGUUGUGCGUGUUCCUAGUGGCGUCAUACAUCGUGAUGGGCACGUUCCUCUUCAAGCGCUGGGAGGGCUGGGCGUACCUGGACGCGGCCUACUUCUGCUUCAUCACCCUCACCACCAUCGGCUUCGGGGACUUUGUGCCUGCUCAGGGCCAAAGUGGCGAAGCGGCGGACGCAGUGCACUCCAUCGCCCUCUGCUCCCUGUACCUGCUGUUCGGCAUCGCGCUGCUGGCAAUGUCGUUCAACCUGGUGCAGGAGGAGGUGCGCGCCAACGUGGCCGCCGUGGCCACCCGCCUCGGCAUCAUCAAGCCCAGGGACAACGCUGAAGACUGAGGAGCUACCACCAAAACUAUUUCUAGCGUACUUUGUUCUGUUUGCUAAACCCUUUGGUCUAGCCACUACACUCUAGAGCGGAGAUAAAAUGAAACAAACUUUGACAUAUGAAACUGGUCUAGUUUUAACUGUAUUUUAAUUGCCGAACCAACUACAACGUACCAACCUGUAGAAGCAUUAACCAUUAACCGCGGUUUUCGACAAAUCUUAUCUUUUAUGAAAAUAAAAAUUAAUGUUUUUGUGUUGUGCAUCUCUUAUUUUACUUGCGAGAAAGUUUUUUAAAUAGCCCUACCAAUGUACGUAAAAUAGGUGUUGAGCAAAUCAUACACACCAGCUAGAAAAAGCUAGUAUGUGUAAAUGUAUAUAUGUAGUAUACUAGCUGUGCCCGCGACUUCGUUCGCGUGGAAUAGUGACUUUUCGGGCAGCGUGAUUCUUUAAAUU